GAAAGCUCCAAAUCCCUCGCUUCAGUGGAGUUCGUGAUCUUAUCCACAUUUACUCGCCAACUUCUCAUCAUCCACGCGUCGACGUCAUAAUCAUGGCCGACCCAACUGUCAUUGUUUUGCCCGGAACGGCUGAUAGCUCCCAUCGUACUGAACAAGGAAAAUCGCAGAUCGCAUCAAAAAUCCAGAAUGCCUUGAACGAAGGACAACAGCCAAGAUCGACGCAGGACGGCCCAAUACGACAGGUUUUAGCCCAACAAGACAGCUUCUACAAGUAUAUCAACUGGGAAGAUCCUCUUCGCACCCUUGGUGUAUAUAUCGGUACCUUGAGCAUCUUGUUCGGGGCACACUACUUACCCCUCACUCAAUUGGCAUUGAAGGCGGCGGUCACUACUCUUGGAGGUAAGACUGACACACAUACUUAUAUGAGCCCAUGCUUAAGUUUCCUAGCCGUCUCUGCUGCUGAGUAUGCCAGCCGGUCGUUCAGUUCCGACUCCUUAUCUACACGCCUUCGACCGAGACAGUAUAGAAGAGUGCCAGAGUCUACACUCAACAACACUCUGAGAGAUGUUCACGACUUCAUUCAAUACGCAGUGGUAGAAGCUCAAAGAAUCAUCUAUGGCGAAGACCUUGGAAGAACGUUUGGCGUAACUGUAGUCGGAGUGACUGCCAUCUUCGUUGCUCCUCUCGCUGCCUCACCCCAGGGGCGGCAGAUCGCCCAUGACGCCACUGUACAGGCUCAAAAUGCGGCAAACGUGACGGCUCAGAAGGGCGCAGAGCUCGCUCGUGAUGGACAAGCAAAGACGGCGGAGCUCUCCUCUAAGGUACAACAAGCUGCUUCUGACGCGAGCACGACCCUCGGCAACGCUGCAAGGAACGGUCAACAGACGGUCUACAGCGCGACCAACAACACUGCUGAGAAGGCAAGAGACUUGCCGCAAGCAGGCACAAAUGCACUCAACAAUGCUUCUGGACCUAUAUCAUCGACUUUGGGAAGUAUAAAGCACACCGCCACUGGCUCAUCGGCGAAUAACAACAAUCCGACGUUUGAUGAGAGCUCUCGUCAGCCGCUCUCCGGAUAUGUCACCAGCACAGGAUCAGAUGGCCUCUCUCGAUCGUCAAUCACCGAGACUGAGAUCCCGAGACGUGCCCCUUUGGACCUUGAGGAUGAGCUCUCGGCCGAGCAGUCUGCUCUACCUACACUCCCUAGGUCCUUGCCAGUCAAAUCUGAUAUUGAGGGUUUGGGAAAUGGAACGGCUACGAUUCUUCGAUAA